AAACAAGUGUUGCUCGACAUUUACAUGUUUGGAUUUGCUUUUCCCCAUACAUGAUUGAAAUUACCUUUGGUCAGGCUUGGAGAAUCAAGCAGGAAGCCACACCCUGCUGCCAUUAGGAAAGAUGUUUUUCAACAGAUUUCAGCUGCUUUUUGCUGUUUGCCUGAUGAUCCUGAUGGCGUUCUAUUUCAUAGAUUUUACUAAAUAUCGUGGAGAGCCACCCACUACACCAGAACGAAGCCAUGUUUCCAGGUCAUCUGUAACCAGACCUCUACCUGGUUCCUGCACCUGUCCUCAAGGCUCAUAUAUCCUAAAAGAUCACCUCCCUAAGGAGCAAAGUGAGGAGCUAACGCAGCGACGAGCAAGGGAGUUUCAGCAGAACAAAAACAGGACAACUUCAGUACUGUCCAGACUGUUGUUUGCCUUGCCUAACUCUCCUCUGCAGUAUCCUAUCCAGGGUUACACAGUGCAGCCUUUGACCUCCACUGUCAUACCAGCUUUAGGGCUGCAUGCAGAAAAAAGAAAGAGCUACAAGGUGGUCUUAAGUGUGUCUAAAGGCAUCCUCACAACUGAAAUAGGACAUCAAGAUGUGACAGUUAAAGGUUCUGGUGAGAACAAACUGAUAAUUGAAUCCAGUAACCUGGUAAUCCUCAACAACCUGCUGGCCAAAGUGUCGUAUACCAGCACUAUCUACCAUAUAAACACCGGAGACCUUGCCACAUUCCAGUUUGAAAACCAUGAAGCGGUGUUCCCCAUUGCCAUCAAACAGCCUCAUAUACCAGUCCUGUAUGACACAGGGACAGACAUUAGUUCUCAAGUCACCAUCACCACAAAGACUUUCUUGCGCUACAGAGAACUGAAGGUGUUGUUGGACAGCAUCCGAAAAUUCUACAACAACAUAAAAGUGAUUAUUGCAGAUGACAGCUUAAAACCAGAGCCAAUUCAUAGAGAAAACAUCUUAUAUUACAUCAUGCCUCCAGCACAGGGCUGGUUUGCAGGCAGAAAUCUGGCUGUUUCCCAGGUAACCACCAAGUACUUCCUGUGGGUGGAUGAUGAUUUUGUGUUUACAGAGAAGACAAAGAUAGAGAAGCUUGUGGAGGUGAUGGAGGCGAACCCUGAACUGGAUGUGGUUGGUGGGGCUGUAGAAGAGAACCAGUUUUAUUUUACUCUUAUAUAUGAGGAAGGAAAGGAAAAUGAAGGUGGUUGCCUAUACAGAAAGUCUCAAGGAAAAUUUCACUCACUUCCUGGCUACCCACAAUGCUUUUUGGCUAAUGGAGUGGUCAACUUCUUCCUGGCUCGUACAGAUGCUGUACAGAAGGUGGGUUUUGACCCUAAGCUACAGCGAGUAGCACAUUCAGAGUUUUUUAUGGAUGGUCUGGGCUCUUUGCUGGUUGCAUCAUGUAGUCACGUAUCCAUUGGUCAUCAACCCAAAACAGCCGACAGCCAAAGUUCUCUAUACGACAAAUAUAGAUUCCCGGGAGAAAAUGAUGAAGAAUUCAAACUGAAGCUUCACUUUUACAAAAACAACCUUAAGUGCAUUACAUAUGGAUAGAAGAUUCAUUCAAAGAACAUCAGCGUCACUUGUAGCGUCAUAUUGUUUUGUCAUGGUCCCAGGGUUAUCUGAGUUUAGGAUUCUCAGUGAUUAUAGCCGAGUUUGGCUCUCUGUUUGGAUUUUAUUCAUCAAGAUUUUUUUUCUUUAUUAUUCUUAUAGAGUUGAAUAUCUUGUGAUGCUGGUGACACUGAAUUCUGUUUUUACUUAUUUUCUUUUGCUGUUUUGUCAUCCUGUGUUUUCACUCAUGUUUUCAUUGUAAAUCGAAUACACUGAACUUUAAAACUUUAUAUAUCUUCACAGAAGUACAAAACACGCCUAAAAUCAACAUGACUAAUAUAUGUUGUGAGUCAUUUAUCUAUGCCACCUAUGUUUAUGUUUAAUAAAACCAAAGAAAUAAAUAUACAUACUGUACAAGAAUGUCAUAACAGUAAUAGUUAAAUUUGCCAAGCCAGAUUCCACCUUUAUUCUACUAAUUUGUAAUAUCUCAUGGUUGUUGGUUGUUUUCAUUAGCAUUAUUUAUUUUAUUUUUUUAAUUUAUUCUCGUGUUUUUUUUUCUGUUAUGUUCAGUGAUCACUUCUUGUCAUUUAUCACCACAGUUUAUUUUUCCCUCUUCCUUUCCUUCCCACUUUUGCCAAAGUGCUUGCUCAUAGAGGUCAUAUCAUUGUUGGGUUUUUCUCUGUAUGUAUUAUUGUAGGCUCUACCUUACAAUAUAAAGCACCUUGAGGUGACUGUUAUAGUAAUUUUGUGCUGUAUAAAUAAAAUUGAAUUGAAUUGAAUUAAAAAGCAAAACACCCCAAUUCAUAUAGCCAUAACACACUGAAGAAUAUCAUAUUAUACAAAAACAAACAAAUGCACUACUCCAUCCCACUGGUGUUGAAAUCCUGCUUGGGGGCUGGCCAGCUGUUCCUUAAAAUUUAUACGUAUGAUAGUUUACACAGAUGUAAUCACAUGCCAUAAUUUCCCUUUUAACCAAAUUUUGAAUCCUGGUGUAAAUGGGCUAAAGAGUUCACUCUGUCUUUGACCGAAACCAUCAGGUGAACCUGUAGAUACUGUAACAUUCUGAUUCAUACUACAAUAUGCUAAAACAGGUCAUACCUAUCCAUCCAGUUCAGAAUUGCUGCUGGGGGGGCUAAAGUCUAUUUUUAUUAAUGUUUUUAAUUGGUUUUUAUUUUUGAUACUGUCUGCGAAGAAACAAAGCUCUUAUAGAAGCAAUGUUUACUGAGAGGGGAGUGAUUGGCAGUGAGCUUUAGAUGCUGGUUUGUUGAAUGGGUUCAAUUGUUUUUUUGUUCAGUCUUUUACAGACAACCCACUAGUCUGAGAUGCAUGGGUCAAAGAUAUAUCCAAACAGGUAUCUAAAUAUCUUGACCUCACACAGACAUCUGAGUGCCCUAUAAAAAGCUUUUGGACCCAUCUAUUAUUUGUUAAGGAGAAAGAAAAACCCUAACUCACAUGUCAUGUA